UAUUACUCUGACUGCAGUUUCCGGUCUCUUUUCGUUGCGGCUCAGCUAACGGCCGGCCUGCCAACAUGCAGAUCUUCGUGAAAACAUUGACAGGCAAGACCAUCACCCUCGAGGUUGAGCCCAGUGACACCAUAGAAAAUGUCAAGGCAAAGAUCCAAGACAAGGAAGGAAUUCCUCCUGAUCAGCAGCGUCUGAUCUUCGCUGGCAAACAGUUGGAAGAUGGACGCACUCUGUCUGACUACAACAUUCAGAAAGAAUCCACUCUUCAUCUGGUGCUUCGUCUGCGCGGUGGCAUCAUUGAGCCUUCCCUCAGACAGCUGGCUCAGAAGUACAACUGUGACAAGAUGAUCUGCCGCAAGUGUUAUGCCCGUCUGCACCCACGUGCUGUCAACUGCCGCAAGAAGAAGUGUGGACACACAAAUAACCUUCGCCCCAAGAAGAAGCUGAAGUAGAUACUUUGUACUGCAUGAGCUGUACAUUGUGUUAAUUAAAUUGAACAAAAGUC